GGCAUAUAUUAAUACAUGUUUGAAAUGUGAAUGUUGAGGCUAUUUAUUUCCCCAUCCAUGAUAACGCUCGAAGACUUAAUAAAGUUCAGCCAGUGUUCUUUCACUUAACGUCUAACUGCACCAGUUUCCACACAAGGGAAUAUUAAAUUCUAUUAGGGAAUUCAACGUACAUAUGUUAUGAAACCAACACCAUAAUACGGAUACAUAACUUACCGGAAAUAUGUACGACAUCGCUGUCAUCGGUGCGGGUGUGGUCGGUCUCUCGACGGCCGUCAACAUACAAGAAGUUCUACCCGGUCGUCACGUGACCGUCAUAGCGGACAGAUUCACCACUGGCACAACAAGUCAUGGGGCUGCCGGAAUUAUAAGACCAACACUUGAAAAAACACCCGUGAAAGAUGUGGACCAAUUCAGAAAAUGGAGCGAUGAUUCAUUUGGCUGGUUCCAUCAUUUAAACGUUGACCUUGACCCUUCGCAAACUGGUGUACAGCGGCUUACAGGGUACCAGUUCAACACCGACGCAGAGUCAAAUACCAAGUAUCCCUUUCACCAUGUGAUAGACUAUGACUUCUGUGAACUGUCAGACGAGGAGCUUAACAGACUUCCGGGAAAUUAUAGACAUGGUUGGAGGUAUACAACGUUAAUGGUAGAGUGUCGCCGGUACUUACCAUGGCUUACAAACAAAUUUCUCCAAAAUGGAGGGCGCAUUGAAAAAAGAACAGUUUCAAAUAUUGCAGAGUUUGCAGGAAAAUGCUCUCUGCUGGUGAAUUGUGCAGGAAUGGCGGCCAAAACAUUGUUCCAGGAUACGGAAAUGUUCCCCGUACGCGGACAUCUCAUCCGGGUAAAAGCUCCGUGGUUGAAGCACUUUUACGCAUGGGACCAUGGCAACAAUUACAUAUAUCCGGGACAGGACAGUGUUGUUUUGGGCGGGACUCGACAGAAAGGGGAGGAAGAUGUCUCGGAGGGAGAACCGUGGUUUACAAACAUUCUGGACGCUUGCUCAAAACUGGUUCCCGGACUUAAGAACGCUCCUAUUGAGAGUAAAUGGAUAGGACUGCGACCACAUAGAACAUAUGUAAGAGUUGAAAAUGAAGUUAUCUACUUUGGAGGAAAAGCUUUAAACGUGGUCCACAAUUACGGACAUGGUGCCAACGGGAUCUUCUUGAGUUGGGGAACAGCAAUAGAGGCUGCUGCCAUCACCAAAGACUUGGCGACUAAAGGAACCUUGACGAAAGCCAAAUUAUAAUACUAGUCAUAGUGCGAAGUGGUUUGUGGUGCUCUUGGAAACAGAGCAGAGGGAAUAAUGUUAUUUAUUAUUUUCAUGAACAAGUGUUGUGCUUGCGCGCAUGUACAUUUGUAAAGAAUUGUUAAUGUGAUUGAUAAUACUGUGCUAGUGGUAAAAGUGCACCACCUUAUAUAUUCUUAUGAUAAUUUACAUUUAUUGUUAUAAUGAGAACAAAUCAUGUUAAUAUCUUUAUAUGGUAAAAUCUAAUAUAUCUUAUAUGUAAUGAUUUUGUUUAGAUCAUUAUGAGUCGUUUCAUUUACGAUUCGUGAUAUAUACUUGAUGAUACAACAUGUCCGGAUUAAUUGGUGCUAUAUGCGUGUUGUCUUAUUUCAAAUCAUCAUUGGAUAUAAUUGUAUUGUAAUUAUUCUGAAAUUCUAGUCUAGGUUUCAAGUCCUCAUUGUUGAGAAAAAAAGUGUCCGGAAUUUUAUACAAAUUAUGUUCAUAUGUUGUGUUAGGAAAAUGUCCAUUGUUUAUAAUCAGUGACUUUGGCCACUAGGUGGCUAUUGCGAAUUUACAAUAUGCAAGAUGGCGUCCAAGAUGGCCGCCAAAUUUUGUGAUUUGAGAAAGUAUAAAAUAAUGGGCUGUAAUGACAUUUAGAUUAUAUACUUUUUUUUUAUUCUGUCAU